AUGUCGGGCCUCCGUCUCCGUCCCCGCCGCUCGUCAUCUUCUACCUUUCCGAUGCCCCGCUCCCGCCUCCGUCACUACGCCUCCGCCAUGCCGAUGUCCAGCCUCCGUCCCCUCCACCGCAGCUCCUCCUCCACCACGUCGCCUGCAUGCGCCUGGUCCCCCCAUGCCGCCUUCGCCGCGGCCACGGAGCGUGUCCGCGCCGGGGCGCUCAGGCCGGAAGACGCACACACCCUGUUCGACGAAUUGCUUCGGCAGGCCACACCGGUCCCCGAGCGAUCCCUCAACGGCUUCCUUGCCGCCCUCGCCCGUGCGCCCGCCUCCGGAAACUGCAUCAGAGAUGGCCCCGCCCUCGCAGUGGUUCUCUUCAACCGUGUGUGCAGAGAGGAAGCCGGCCCGCAGGUGGCGGCGCUCACAGGCUGCACCUACAGCAUCCUCAUGGACUGCUACUGCCGCGCCCGUCGCCCGGACCUAGGGCUUGCCUUAUUUGGCCGCUUCCUCAGGGAAGGCCUGAAGACACACCAGAUCGUCGCCAACACCUUCCUCAAGUGCCUCUGCUAUGCGAAAUUGACGGAUGAGGCAGUGGACGUGCUGCUUCAUAGGAUGUCCGAGCUCGGGUGUGUGCCUGAUGCCAUCUCAUACAACACUGUCCUGAAGAGCUUAUGCGACAAUGGCAUGAGCCAGCGGGGGCUCGAACUGCUCCAGAUGAUUGCAAAAGAAGUAGGUGUCUGCUCUCUCAAUCUGGUGGCAUAUAACACGGUCAUCUACGGCUUCUUUAAGGAAGGUGAAACAGGCAAGGCAUGCAAUCUAUUCCAUGAAAUGAUGCAGCAAGGUGUUGAGCCCGAUGUGGUGACUUACAACUUGAUCAUUGAUGCUUUGUGCAAGGCCAGAGCAAUGGACAAGGCAGAAGUAGUCCUUCAGCAGAUGAUCAGUAAAGGUGCUCAACCUCAUACAGUGACAUAUAAUUGCAUGAUCAAUGGAUAUGCCACAUCUGGGCGGUUGAAAGAGGCUGCUAAAAUGUUCAGAGAAAUGAAAAGCCGGGGUCUUACACCAAAUACUGUUACCUGCGGCUCGUUAAUGACUUCCCUUUGCAAGCAUGGAAGAAGCAAAGAAGCUAGAGAAAUAUUUGAUUCCAUGACUGCCAAAGGCCACAAACCUGAUAUUGUCUCGUACCGUAUUUUGCUUCAUGGUUAUGCCAGUGAAGGAUGCUUUGCUGAUAUGAUUGAUCUAUGUAAUUCAAUGGAAAGCAACGGUAUUGCAGCCGACUGCCGUGUUUUUACCAUAUUAAUUGAUGCCUAUGCUAAACGUGGAAUGAUGGAUGAUGCAAUGCACAUAUUUACGGAAAUGCAGCAACGAGGUGUGAGUCCAAAUGUUGUCACAUAUUCAACUGUAAUAUCAGCACUUUCUAGAAUGGGUAGGCUGACCGAUGCUAUGGAAAAAUUUAAUCAGAUGGUUGCCUUGGGAGUACAGCCGAACAUACCUGUUUAUUGGUCCCUAAUUCAGGGCUUUUGUAUGCAUGGUGGUUUGGUUAAAGCUAAGGAGUUGGUUUCUCAAAUGAUAAACAAAGGUAUUCCUCGUCCUAACAUUGUGUUCUUCAAUUCGGUAAUAAACGGUAUGUGCAAGGAAGGAAGGGUUAUGGAUGCACAUGAUAUCUUUGACUUGGUUAUAGACCUAGGUGGGAGGCCUGAUGUUAUUACAUUUAAUUCACUGAUUGAUGGAUAUUGCUUGGCCCGCAAGCUGGAUAAAGCAUUCGGAAUGUUUAAUUCCAUGGAAUCAGUUGGUGUUGAGCCUGAUAUUGUUACGUACAGUACACUUCUUGAUGGCUAUUUUAAAAAUAGAAGGAUCAAUGAUGGUUUGGCUCUGUUUAGAGAAAUGCCGCGUAAGAGAAUUAAACCUGACAUUGUUACAUAUGGCAUCAUGUUGGAUGGGUUGUUUUGUGCUGGGAGAACUGUUGCUGCAAGGACAAUGUUCCAUGAGAUGAUCGAAAGUGGAAUAACAGUGGACAUCCCCACAUAUAAUAUAGUUCUUAGGGGACUUUGUAGAAAUAACUGCACAGAUGAAGCAAUCGCCCUGUUCCAGAAAUUAGGUGCAAUGAGUAUGAAGUUCAAUAUUGCAAUACUCAAUACCAUGAUCAAUGCAAUGUACAAGGUUCGGAGAAGAGAAGAAGCUAACAAUUUGUUUGCUGCAAUAUCAACCAGUGGGUUGGUGCCCAAUCAAUCUACUUAUGCAGUAAUGAUAAUAAAUCUUCUAAAAGAUGGAGCAGUGGAACAUGCUAGCAAUAUGUUUUCAUCAAUGGAAAAAAGUGGUAUAGUCCCCAGCUCCCGUCUUAUAAAUGGUAUCAUCAGAUUGUUGUUGGAGAAUGGUGAGAUUGCCAAGGCUGGAAUUUAUUUGUCUAAAGUUGAUGGGAAUAGCAUCUCACUCGAAGCUUCAACUACUUCAUUGAUGUUGUCUCUAUUUUCAAGGAAAGGGAAAUAUCAUGAGGACAUGAAAUUGCUCCCAGCAAAGUAUCAAUUUUUUGAUGGAUGUAGUUGA